CCCCGCCCAUCCCUGCUGACUUGACAAGGGUGUGCAAAGAGACGAGCGGGAGAAGGUCGACAAAUCGAGCCUAUCCACGGAUUUUUCAGGGCGAGGCGACAGUAGAGGACCGCGGUGAACGUGGUUUGGCUGCAGACUUAUGACAAUGGAAAUGAAGGGUGAACAGCAGGACGAAGAUAUUUCAUUCAGCAACACUGACACUAAUGGUAAACGUCCUGCUGAGGACAUGGACGAGGAGCAAGCCUUCAAACGUUCACGCAACAUUGAUGAGAUGGUGGAGCUGCGUGUUCUGCUUCAGAGCAAAAAUGCGGGAGCCGUCAUUGGAAAGGGUGGCAAGAACAUAAAAGCUCUUCGCACAGACUACAAUGCCAGUGUAUCAGUCCCAGACAGCAGUGGCCCAGAGCGGAUCCUGAGUGUAAGUGCCAGUAUCGACACCAUUGGAGAGAUUCUACUGAAAAUCAUACCGACUCUAGAGGAGUACCAGCAUUACAGUGGGAUUGAUUUUGACUGUGAGCUUCGCCUGCUGAUCCAUCAGAGCUUGGCUGGUGGGAUAAUUGGAGUGAAAGGUGCCAAGAUAAAGGAGCUGAGAGAGAACACCCAGACCACCAUCAAGUUGUUCCAAGAGUGCUGUCCACACUCUACCGACAGGGUCGUCUUAGUGGGAGGAAAACCAGAACGUGUGGUUGAAUGCAUAAAAGUGAUCCUAGAGCUAGUGUCAGAGGCACCGAUUAAAGGCCGUACUCAGCCUUACGACCCUAACUUCUAUGAUGAGACGUACGACUACGGUGGCUUCACCAUGUUGUUUGAGGACAGGGCCCGACGACCCAUGGGUGGAUUUCCCAUCCGCGUGCGUGGCGGUUUUGAGCGCUUGCCUCCUUUACGUGGCAGCAGACCUCUGCCUCCCUCCAGAAGGGACUAUGAUGACAUGAGCCCUCGCCGGGGUCCUCCACCGCCGCUUAGCAGGGGCAUACGAGGGGGCAGCCGAGCGCGUAACCUGCCUCUCCCGCCACCCCCGCCGCCAAGAGGAGGAGGAGACAGGUUUUCACAUGGCAGCUAUCAUGGCAGCAUGGAUGACAGACCAAGUGAAAGAAGAGGCAGAGACCGCUAUGACGGCAUGAGUGGAGGUGGUUACGACAACAAUUCUUCCUGGGAGCGCUUUCCAUCUGGCGGCAGAGGAUCGUACAGCGACAUCGGAGGCCCAGUCAUCACGACACAAGUCACCAUCCCAAAAGAUCUGGCAGGCUCCAUCAUCGGGAAGGGCGGCCAGAGAAUCAAACAGAUCCGCCACGAGUCUGGGGCAUCCAUCAAGAUUGAUGAACCACUAGAGGGCUCUGAGGACCGCAUCAUCACCAUCACAGGGACACAGGACCAGAUCCAGAAUGCCCAGUACUUGCUGCAGAACAGUGUGAGGCAGUACUCCGGUCGGUUCUUCUAGAGGGAAGCAGAAGAGAGGGUGAAGCCAUGCUGCCAUACUGUUUGCUCAUUCUACUCAGAGCCAACAUUCCUCUGCUUUGGGUAGAUGUGUCCCUUCCCUUUAACUGUCUCCAGCUACCCACCGUUGUGUACACCGGGUUUUAUUUGGAGGCCUGAAAAAUCCAUAAUUCAGUGCUGGUAUCUUCUUUUUCUUUUUAUCUACUGGUGUGUAACCCAUCUGUGUGAUUAGGUUUGGUGUUGUGAGCCGGCCCUAGGCCUUAUCUUCCGCAUUUCAGUACAGCAAGCAGAAUGUACUUUUUUUUUCUGUUCUUGUUUGAAAGAUAUUUUUAUGAUUUCCUUUGAAUUUUAAGGCCACUUUCCUAACAAAGAUGAAUAGUUUUUGAAUGGUUGAGAAACUAUUAAAGUUAAAUAACUGUUAAAUUUACAUUUUCCAUCACUUGUCUCCAUAUGUAAAAAGUGUUUUUUCUUUUUUUGUUUGUUUUUUUAGAUGGUGUUCGAGGGGUUUGGGGAGAGUAUUUAUUUUGGAGCAGCGGAAAUCAAUAGUAUUCUCAAUUUCACAGAGAGCAAAACUUCAGUUUUACAUAUUAUGCUUUAAAUGGGUACAGAGGAGAAACUGGUUAGGAGUGUGUGGGGCCUUUGUUCUGCAUAAGCAUGGAUGUGCUGUUCGGAGUCAAUUUUUGGGUUGAUAAGCAAUGUGGGCUUAAAAAUUUUAAACCCCAGACAGCUCCAAACCACACACACUAGGCAUGGGCCUGUAUGAUGACCUUGUGUGAAAAUGUCACUGAAUAUAUUUACAUAAAAAAAUUAAAAAUAAAAUAUGUGAUUUGAUCUGCCUUUAUUAAAAACAAAGCAAAAGCAUUUUUUCACCUCAGCUUUAGCUAAAAUAGUAUACAGGAUAUCAUGACAUAAAAAUGUCAUUGGCUAAAUAUUUAUAGAAAUUCUUCCAUAUUUUGUAAAAAGGCAGCAGCUGUUUUUCAGCCAGCUCACCGGCAGUUUGCAACAAGUAGUAGAGAAGAUGCAGAAAAAAUUUCAGACAUUCAAACACAGGAAUAGUGAAAUUACCCAUGUAGGUCUGUGUCUACCAAAAAAAACAGAUCAAUCAAGCAACUGUAAAGAAGACUAUUUGAUUGGUCUGUUGCUGGGAGGGUUUACACUGUUGACGCCUUAAUUUUUUUAAAAUUUUUUUUAAACCAGAUCAGCCUAGUAGUCCAAUGCUUUUUGGUAAUGACACCUUUUUCAAACAUGAUUUCUGUCUGAAGGUGUAAUAAAUGUAAAAGACUGUUAAGGCAACAUAAAAAAAAUGUAAGAAAAUCUACUUUUAUUUGAAAGAUGAUUGUACAGUUUGUAUAUAUAUAUAUUUACUUAAAACCUGUAAUUUUAAGGACUUUUGGUUCGGCUCAAAUUGUGUGACGUUUUCUUGGAAGAAAAAAGUGCCAAAAACACAGACUUACAAGUUUUCUUUGCUACGGUGGCCCUUUAGUGCCAAACAUAAAAAAAUAAACAUUCUCUAAAAUAAUAUUAAAGCUAUUGAAAACACAGCAUUUAAAAAAAAAAGAUAUAAUAAAAAUGUCACAACGAAACUGCGAAAAAGAAUUGUAAAUGCAAAGUGUGCCUGUUCGGCCAUUUUGUUCUUGCACUAUUGGUCAUAUUGUUUCAUGACUUUCUGCAAUAUACAAAAAGCUACAAACAAACCUAAACGAUGCUUAAGUGCGUGGGUAUGAAACGGGCUAAAAGGGAUGUAAAGGUGCACAAUUGGUGAAGGGACAAAUCUAGUUAUUUGUAAAUGUAUUUCUAAUGAAAUCUUUCCUACGUGUUUUCUGAUUACGAAAUUAUAUUUAGAAUCUUUUACUGUAAAAAAAAAAAUUACACAAUCAACUUUUUCAUCAAUAUUGGGUUUUCUGUCACUAGAAAGGAUGGAUUUGCUGUUGUCUAGCCUCAGUCUCAGAUCUGUUCACUCCUGUUCUUUUGUUUUUCAUUUUUGGAUUUUUUUUUUUUUUUUUUUUUUUUUCUGAAAGCAUCCCUGAAGAUGCAGUUCUGUGUGAGGCAGAUGCAGCUUUGCGAGUCCACAAGUGGUAAAUUCUGCAUUUGCUCUCAGAUAUUUGUAGUAACUCCAAGUGUUUAGUAAAUAAAGUCUGUGUCACA